AUGGAUUCUUCUUCAUCGUCAACAAAAAAUAAACCAUUAGUAGUAAUAACAGGCGCAUCAUCAGGUAUUGGUGAAGCCUGUGCUCGAUCAUUUUCUGCAGCUGGUCAUCCUCUUUUACUUAUUGCUCGUCGUCUUGAUCGAUUACAAGCAUUAAAACUUCCAGACAAUGUUAUUUGUGCACAGGUUGAUGUUACAGAUAGAGCAAAACUUAAAGAAGUCAUAGAAAAAGCUGUAGAAAAAUAUGGACCUGUUGAUUGCUUAGUAAACAAUGCAGGAGUUAUGCUUUUGGGUAAAGUACAAACACAAAAUCCAGAAGAAUGGCAGCGAAUGUUUGAUGUCAACUUAAUGGGGGUUCUUAAUGGUACUCACGUUGUUUUACCUUCUAUGAUUGAACGUCGUGGUGGUACAAUUAUUAAUAUUAGUUCUAUUGCUGGACGAAAAACAUUACCUGAUCAUGCUAUUUAUUGUGGAACUAAAUUUGCUGUACAUGCAUUUACAGAACAAAUUCGUGAAGAAGUUUCACAAUACGAUGUACGUUUAGUUAAUAUUGCACCAGGUGUUGUUGAAACAGAAUUAUUGAGUCAUUCAACAGAUAAACAAAUUGUUGACGAUUAUAAAACAUGGAAAACUAAAAUGGGCCAACCAAUGGAAAGUGAAGAUAUAGCUCGUUGUAUUAUGUUUGCUUAUGAACAACCACAACGUAUAUGUAUUCGAGAAAUUCUUGUUUGUCCCACACGACAAGACAAAUAA